GGACGUCUGACAGCUUAGACGUGCCCCAAGCCUUUUUAUUAGUUGGCACCAACAACAUUACCUUACAUUUACUAUAGUUUAUCAUACACUCCUUUUCCCAUCAUGUCUUGCACGUCUACCUUCGCUCUUGGUUCUCGCCAAGAGCAAUCUAGUUCCAAAAGUUCGGGUACGGCCGACCAGGAAAACUUACCACGUCGACGCAGGCGGCACUCUUCUUUUAUGCCUCGGAGAAGACAUUCUCUAGUUCAGCAAAUCAUGGAGGGAGAAGAAGGCUUACUUCUUAAAGUGGAUUUGUUCCUCUCGGAACUAGAGAGGAGACUUGAAUACCUUGAGAGCUACGGCGAAUUUAUCGACCUGGAUUCGAGCAUAUCUAAAACGUUUUCAACCCUACAAGCAGUGCGUGAACGAUGUUCGCAAGUCUCGGAAGAGGUCAUUGGUGCUGGGCGACGGCGAUUACAGGUUAUGGUUGAGACUUUAGACACAAGAUAUCACGAGGCCUUAGUAGCCGCCGAGUCCAUGAAUGAGAAAGCGCGUGUUGGCGUUGAACUCCUCGACGGCAUGCUUACCGACUUCGAAACCCGAGCCUUGAAAUUCCGCGACCAAGGCUUUGCGAAUGCGGCCGACGCUGCCGGAAGUUUAAUAGACAAAGGCCACCGGGUCGUAGACGAAAGUAUAGAACGCGCUCGCGGUGUUAUGGACGAUGGUAUUGAGCGAGCCUGGCGUGCUGCAGAGACUGUCGAGGAGCACGUACAAAGAGCAAUUACUCGUGCUAAGGAAAAGGGCCUUAUUAAGUAUGAGGAACUUCCUAUCCCUUGGAGGGUCAAUCCUCAUAUACUUAGCGGCUAUCGUUUCACCGAAUCCAAGAUUGGCUGCGUUCGCUCAAUGUUCGGCAUUUCAAACGAACUGGUCAACAUUUGGUCUCAUGCGCUUGGUUUGAUCCUAAUUCUGUCCAUCGCUUUUUACUUCUAUCCGACUUCGGCCAACUUCUCCCUUUACUCGAAAACGGAUGUUUUUAUUGCCGCCGUCUUCUUUUUCGCAGCUUGCAAAUGUUUGGUCUGCAGCACCAUUUGGCACACUAUGAACUGUGUUGCAGACCAAACUCUAUUGGAACGCUUCGCAUGCAUCGACUACACUGGUAUCUCAUUACUCAUCGCGGCGUCGAUUAUGACAACCGAGUAUACCGCCUUUUAUUGUGAACCGAUUAGUCGGUGGACGUACAUGACCACAACUGCUGUGCUAGGCAUUGCUGGCACCAUCCUCCCUUGGCAUCCUAAGUUUAAUGGACAGGAUAUGGCCUGGUGGAGGGUGGGCUUCUUUGUGGGAUUGGGUGCCACUGGUUUUAUGCCGGUUUUCCAGAUCGUUCUGACUCGAGGCCCUGCUUGGGCACUUGACUUUUAUGCGGGUUCCAAUCUACUCAAGUCUCUCUUCGUUUAUGUCCUUGGAGCUUGUGUCUACGCGAGCAAAGUCCCCGAGCGAUGGUUCCCUGGCGCGUUUGACUACUGUGGUAAUGCGCACAACCUAUGGCAUCUUGCCGUACUUGGUGGGAUUCUUUAUCAUUAUGUCGCUAUGCAAGAAUUCUUCUCUGGCGCCUUUCAGCGAGCACAAGAAGGCUGCCCGACCUAUUAGCCAGGACCCUUCAACCGAUACCAAGAUGUCAGGUAGUUAUCUACAAUGGGCCGCGCAACUUCAUGGACCCCCCAACCAUAUGU